AUGCUUGAUACCAUCUGUCAACAUACGUGGAAUUGCGACUUCGACGGUCAUGUGCACCGAUGGUACACCUACGGUGAUGAAUUUGGAUACAGCCACCGAAUGUGUUUCUUUCUGAUAGACUAUGGAAAUGCUCCAAGUGGUGAUGACUCCAAAGUACCGAUUGUGUGCUAUGAAUGGGACGGAAGUAAAUUCAUCGACAAGCCCCAAAUCCUUCAGUUCGAGGACGUACAAGCUGAGCUUAAAAGUGUGUCAUUUACACAAGCGCCAUACGAGCCUUCAGGAAAACCUCCCGUUCGGGAUGUAGUGCGCAGAAGGCUGAGGAGUGCGCAGAGGAUUCCUGUCCGAGAGUUGGACCAUAUGCGCGACCAUCCUGAAGAUAUGGAAUGGUUGGAGAGGAAGGUGAGGCCUAGAUUCUGGACUAACUUUCUUGAGCAGUUGCAGGACAUUGAGAAGACGAGGGCGUGGGAGGAAGAACAGAGAAUCAUGAGAAGGGAGUUCGAAGAAGAGGAAGCGAAGCAGAAAGCAAUUGAGAAAAUGGGGGACCGUUAG